AUGGAAACCAUUCAUCGUCUAAGGGAGACCUUAUUUAAAGCACUUUCCCCACACGAGACUUUUCAAGAUGAACAAGAACUUUUCGACGAGUUGAUGGUUCAAAAGCCUCGCUUAAACAAGCUGUUCGAUGUUGGUCCCAGAAAUGCUCAGGAACAGCGCGAUAUUGAAUCAGGCAAACCCACGAUUAACGGCAAAGCGACCGCAAUAAACGCUGAAUUCGCUCGUCAAGCCAUCUUUCUCUCGCAACAACUCGACUGCUCCGAAAAGUAUAUUGCAAGCAUUUUGCAUCAUGUCACCUCCCAAAAUCCCAAUAUUGGCGCUGUUAACUGUAUGGAGCUUACAAUUGCCAACUACCACCAGCGACGGCGGGAGCUCGUGGAUUCGCUCCGAUUCUUGUUGGAGGCCACUGAGGCGGCAGAACUCCCGGACGCUCCGGUGACGUACAAGAGAAUUGCAAGCUACGUGCGGGAUCUAUUGCCUGGUCAGAAGUCGGGGACAACGCAAGUGUCAAUGGGGAUGAAGAUAUUCAAAGAGAUUGAACUGUUGGAUGGGAUCAUUGAAAAGGCUGAUCUGGCGCGCAAAAAUGCAGGAAGCAAUACUGUUGCACCAAAUGGGCAACAAAACCCGUCAUUGGGCUUCGACAUUUUGAACGCGCGCUACGAAUCCCUCAAAUAUGAACGACGGUAUCUCGCCAUUGUUCUCUGGUCCAUCGCGAGAAUAGGAUUCAUCUCGCCUAGUGAGGUCGAGAAAAUCGUCGACUGGCUUUCUUCAAAUCCGAACCACCCAAUGACCUAUUACUUCCUCAACGUCGUCCUUACCAUCCUCGAUCCUGUCGACCCUGCUGCGCCACCUAGUCCGUAUCCAUCCAUGCAAAACGUGCUCAUCAAACACACCACAUUCAUUGCCUCCAUGACCAAGAAAUUCGAUGCGACCACUCAAUGGAAAAACAACGGACUCAAAGCGGCAAUCCUGCUGAAAUGGACAUUGUUUUUAACUGAAGCGCGCCACAACGACGCAACACUGGAGCAAAAGAAUGGGUUCAAAGGGGAAGAACUAGAGACUCAAGUUUGGAAUGCGGUGCAAGGAGACGCAUUCAAAUACCUUGCACUCUGCGUGGUUCAUUUUCAGGCCAAAAAUGGAAUUGCGCCCAGCGUGUCCCUUCUCGAUAACGCGACCGUCGACCCACAAGAUCAGCGUGAGGUGCCGCCAGCCGAUUUUAAGACGAUGGUUCUGUUCUCGUUCGAGAUCCUGCUUCGCUCGCUCAUCACCCACGCGUCUUCUGAGCUUCGUAAGAUCAAGCAGAGGCAGGAAGAUCUUGUGCUCGCCACCGCGCGCACUGACAGAAAUAGGGCUUCAUACCGAUUUGCAAACACAGUUUCACCUGAAGCGGAAAAGCCGGGACCGCCACCUCGUCAUGACAUCGCGAUGCUGUAUUGUUUUAUCGGUCUACUCUAUUCUGCCCUUCCCAAAGAGCGGGCGCUCCAGUUCUGGGGGUCUAGUCCCCAAGCAGGCGCAUUCCGCUUGGCUUAUCAAGAGUCUGUUGAGUCGACAUCAGGGCGUCUGCCAUCUUUCCUUCAGUGGGCUAUUUGGUCAACGCCAACGCAGGACUUGACUAUGCUUGCUGCACUUUACGACAUGCUGAGUGGUCUAGCGAACGGUCAACAAUGCAGCGAACUCGCCUACAACUUCUUGGCGAGAGGCGGAGGGGACGUCAUUGCAGGCAGCGCCUUGUCAGUCUCGACCUCGGCAACACCUUCCGUGUCAUGGACUGCCAUUUUCGAUCUUUUGGAGUCAUGGGUCAUGAACGCGUCGUCUCCCCGCACACAGCCCCAAAUCCAGUCCCUUGCAUCCACACACUCCUUCAGCACGUCGUUCCAAAAUCUAGCUGCAGUUGAGAAAACACCACAUCCGCCGUUCGUCCUUGGGCCGCAGGAUGUGCUCCUCGCGCGGGCGUUCUUGCGUGUUAUGUCAACCGUGGUGACGCACUCGAUUCCAGUCCGCACAACAAUAGCAUCGCAUGCGCAUUUUAGGGCGAUUCCGACUCUUGUGUCCCUUGUCCCUCUGGGAAUCCCUCUGGAGCUGAAGGGGGCCAUUUUCGAGACUUUAGCUGCGUUUUGCGAACCAGGCGCAGGCCAUCCGGGCGUCGAGAUAUGCGAAGCAGUGUGGACGCUGAUGGAGAGGUAUGAGAUCAUCAAUGUCCGAGUUGGUACCGGCGGACUGGGCCAGUCCAUGGCCACAGGCAAGGGCGUAGAAGUUGAGCUAGAGCAAGUCGAAGCGCCGCAUCGUCAGUACCCUUCGACCAUCCCUUUCCUUAAACUUUUGUGCGCACUUUUGCAUACACCCAAACAGCUGCCGAUGCUCAGCCUUUCUCAGGGCGUAGAAACAACAGACACGUUCCCCAGCAAUCUCGGACAGCCGUAUCGCCUUCCAGGCGUCGGGCCUUUCACUUCAUUUGUGGUCGAUAUGGUGUUUGCAAAUAUUGCCAAUCGGGGGUACUCUCGCCCUUCUGACCGGUGGCAGAUCAACGAUCUAUGCAUGGAAUACGUCGAGAAGAGUCUGGCAGGGUUCAAUCUGGAGUCGUUGGUUGCUGGAAUGGACGACUCGAUGUCUAAGAACCAAGCCCUGCCAUUGCUUGUCCAUCCUGGAUUCGAUAUCAUGAGACGACUACUAACGAAUACGCCCCUUCACAACAGCAUUAUGGCAUACAUCGCCGAAGGCCUUGAAGGGUUUGAGAACGGCACCGCCAAUGAGAUGCCAUUUUUCCGCAACACCAUUAUCCGCGUGUUGAGAAUCGUACUUCGUGUACUGGAAAUUCAAGACAUAUUCCUGGACGUUUUCCUCCCUCUUCUUUCUGGGAUUGACACUUCCGAAAUUGUUGGACACCAAAUGCAUUCGCGCUCUUUUUAUACAAGGUUCGACCAGGCUCUUUCGUUUGGUCCUCAAUACGUCCCUGCUCUUGCAACCUACAUGUGCUACCCUAACCAUUCGGAACUUGUCCUUCUCUCCAUCAAAAUUCUCUCCCGAUUGUCGCUUGCCUCCUCUCCCUCUACACUUGUCUCCUUGAUCCAGAGAUCCCGCGAUUCAGAACGUAUUCUGGCCGGCUUCAUGCAGGUUCUGACCUCCUCAGCAAUGGAUGACGUCGAAGAGUCGGAGGCAUUUGCUGAGAACACGACAGGCGCCGGCGCGCCCAACAUUUAUCCCGCAUCGGAGUCUCUCGAACAAGCUAUUCGGCUCGCUGCUCUGGAUCUACUUAUUCAAGACACAGAAGUCAACCGGCCGUACCCCAAUGUCGCACAUUUCCUGCUUUUUGGCGGAAAGAAUGGCGACCAGACGAUUCAGGAUCCCCAUGCACUGGGAGCACGCAAGACAAGCGCACAUGUCCUUCUCGACCUCGUCAAUGCUGGCGUUCCUAGGCUAAAGGGAAAGCAGCAGCAGGAACGACUACCCGCGGUUCAGGUCAGCCCUCUGUUCAGCACACUGCCUGCGUUGGCGGAGCGGUGCUAUCGAGUGAUAUAUCAGUUGUGUGUGCACCACAAGACGUCGGAUUUCACCACUCGCUAUCUGCGCACGCGUGAAGAUUUCUUCGCUAGGCAGGUUGCUAAGGUUCCCUCAUUCGCUCCUGAACAUAUUCAGCCACCUUCCGUUGUGCCCCCUAUUCAGGUCAUUUACAACGAUGGUUCUAGAGUGACAACCACAGUCCCUUCAUUUUCCUCUUUCUUGAGGCUGCGCUCAUACAUUUUUGACCUCGUCGCUUUGGAGCUCCAUAUCCUCACGAACAAAGGGCAUCACAAGGCGGUGUCGGAUCUAUUGGAAAUUCUGUUUGGCACUGACUUCGAUUACGAAGAAGGGCAUAGUUUCGCGACUUUCCAUGAGCUUGGACAGUCUCCAAUGAGGGUUAUCGACUUUUUGCAGUCGUUGAUGUUCGAUUGGGCGGAUAGUCUUACCGUUCGCAGUAUCGAUAUGCAAUACCUUCAAACCCUCAACCUUCAGUCCUGCAUUCGAAAAGACACCUCGGGGUGUGAAAUUGUGGAUCGGACAGCGUUAACCAAUCUCCUCCUGUUGGCCUCGACUACCCUGCGUGCAAAGGGGAGCAUCGCGAAUAUUGCUCAGAACGAGCAGCUCAACCAAGAGUCUACGUAUAUUCUCGAAAGUUGUGCAGUCGAAAACCAUCGCCGAAAGGUAUCACAUGCGCGUGUGGGCAACUUUGAGGCUUGGAGACGGCUGUUAGAUCUGGCGUUGACGAAGUCGUUUGAUAGACUGCCCCAUAACCGCCGCGAGAACAUGUUGUUUGAUUUGCUUCAUGUGCUCCCCGCUGCUAUUCGUUCGAGCAACAUUGAGGAGUCGACGGCCGUCCUUCUCUCGGAAACCAUUUUGUCGUCGAUCACGAAACUGAGAGAAGACAGGCAACAUCAACUUAUCCUUCAGUCUUUAGGCAGCGACUCGGAGUCGGGAACGUUACCUGCAGAAAGGCUUUACAACAUCCUCCGCAACAUCCUCCAAGGUAUUCUCGAUAACAACCACGUCGAGCUCGUUCGUGGUAACCUCUACGCCGCUCUCAUCAAUUUCAUGCACCUCGUACGAUCAUCCCAAUCUUCACCCAUCACCCAGACACUCGCAGAGCUGGAGAGUAACCCCUUCUCUGCGACUUUGACUGCUUCCACGAUGCGAGAGAGCGUCUCGCGCGGCCGAAGCCCGUCGCUUGCUCCAUCAUCGAGCGACCGUCAAUCAUCAACGUCAUCAACACUGGAAAGCGGUUGUCUAGCAGUUCUUAAACCUGUCAUCGAACGGCUGGUUACUACGAUCUCCCGAGACGCCAUUGAUGGCACCGAAGUUUGGAAGACGGUCGCAUUUAUGCUUUUGGACGCCAUCGUUCAGCUUUCGAGUCUUGAAAAGCAGCAUGUUGUCUUAGCUUCUCUCAACCGGCAUGGGAUUCUUUCCAACUUUGUGCGCAGUAUUAAAGAAUCAGAUUCACGGCUUCAGAGCGUUCUGAAGCCCGACCCUGAUGAUUUGAAUUCGCUUUACGUCUAUGAGUCGAAGAUGUCCCUGUUCAUCAGGAUGUCACAGACUCGUGCUGGCGCAGAACGUCUUCUUGAAGCACAGUUGCUGCCCAUCCUUGCUCAAUGUGACUAUCUGGAUACAAGACCUGAAGCCGAUCAGUCAUUUAUAGAUCAGGAUUCUUUCUUACCUUCUGCUAUCCAGAGAUACCACCAGUUGUUCAUGCCUGCACUUCAGGUCGUAGAUGGCAUCCUUACUACACUAGGAGACAAACAUGCAACAGCUACCCAUCAGGCGCUCGAAUUCUUGUCGGCACAUGGCUCUACCAUCGCCAUCUUGCUCAAAAACGAUUCAGAAGCUGUUACUCUUCCUUCGAUGGAAGAGAUCCACCUGAUUAUCACAUUGUGCACUAGUAUCCUUCCCACCGUGCCGAAAACAGAAGUGCUUGCUCCUAAUUCCGGUUUUGGUGCAAUUCACCUGGCCAUCUUGGGCUUGUCGACGAGAUGUCUUGCCCGUGGAAAGGUUUUCCCUCGCAUUGUGCCUCAGACAGAGGCGGAUAUCGCUUUGGCUCAGACCUUUGCCUUCGGGUAUGGCAACAGAUCAAAGUUUGACCUCAAAGUUCGCCGGAAGGAGAGAUCGUUGCGAAAGAGCGUCGUUGCCUAUAUUGGUGCAUGCAGUGAAUUCACAGAACCUGACAUCACGCUGGUGCUAUCGCCUGUGACGAUCACUCCUCGGAACGAAGAGCGAGCAACUCAUUUCGCUGCCACUGUGCCUACUGUAGGCGACACCCUUGUCGCUCUGGAUGACCUAUGCAAUGAUCUUGCGGAGACACUAAAGCAGAUAUCUGAUAUCGGUGCAGAGCUAGCGAAUAAGGACCAGAUGGGCACGAGCAGUGCUCAGGAGAUUCUUCGUGAAAUUGACCCUGCCCUCCUCCGCGAGUUGGAGAUUGAGCAAAAACGAUCAUUGCUUUGCGAAGAGCUCGACAGAAUCAGAACCGUGGCUAGACAAGACGCAAUGGUUGUACUCGACACACUAGAAAUGCUGCUGCUACUUGUGUGGCGUCAUUUGGAGUACUACGCAGAACCUCGGAACAUGAACAUGCCACCCGCGAAAGCCACAAUAACGAAUGCUAUGCGCCUGUUGGCCACGUCAGAGCCGGAAGUGUUCCGUGCUGAUGUGAGCGUGAAGAUCCAGCCUGCGCUGCAGAGAUUGGAGACACUGGAGUUGGAUGAAUCUUCGCUUGGUCGUGACUGGCGAGAUAACCAAGGGUAUAUCCAAAUCAUGUGCAGACGGUUGAGGGAUAGUGCAGGGUUACACCAGGAGUCGUCGAUGGGUGGAGAAGGCGAUUAG